CACACCCAUAUCACACGUGCUGCAAUCAAUUCGUGCCUUCCUUCGUCCUCCAGUGAAGGCUGCCCUUGCCCUUCCCCUUCCCCUAUCUUUCGCCUUCCCCUGCCCUCUGUUUUUUAAAACUAGCUAGAUUCUGUAAAUGGCCGCUUUGGCUUCUCUUGCCAACACUUGUUCAUCUAUUCACACACUGCAAAAUUUUCAUUUUUUGUCUUCCUCUAGACCACCCACUAGCCUUACCAUUUUUGUUCAACACGGUAAGAAUGGAGGGUCAUUUCCCCCGACACCCAUUUCAUCUCUAUCCGUAUCGUCUUUUUCCUAUCUGAAUUCGUACGUUAUGCUUGGGACUUCGAGGGUUACGACUCCUGCCCACAAGUAUGGCGCUGGCAGCCCUUCCAUUUUCAAGCCUUUCUCAACCCAGCAAGGAAAUCACCCCCACCAAGCAAACAGUGUAGAUGGUUCAGAUGAGUUCAUGGUGGUAGAAAGUGGAGCAGAUAAAAAGAUGUCUUCAAGUCUUGGCCCCCUUGUGGAGGCAUACAAAAAGGCAAUCUUAGAGGGAGAUGGAAAAACUAUAUACGAAGUUGAGGAAAUGAUAAUUAUGAUUGAGAAAGGGAGAAAUGACUUGGUCCAGAAAGUUUCACAUUUGUCUGCAGAGAUAUCUUCCAGAAAAGAAAAAUGUGUUCGAUUGCAAGCUGAUUUUGAUAAUUACAGAAAAAGAUCUGAAAAAGAGAAAUUGACUGUAAGAAGUGAUGCUCAAGGAGAAAUGAUUGAGUCCUUGUUGCCAAUAGUUGAUAGUUUUGAGAGAGCCAGGCAACAGAUCAAACUAAUAACUGACAAGGAAAAAAGUAUUGAUGCAAGUUAUCAAGGCAUAUACAAGCAGUUCGUGGAAAUUAUGAGGAGUUUAAGGGUGGCUGUUGUCCCCACAGUUGGGAAGCCAUUUGAUCCUUCGGUGCACGAGGCGAUUGCUCGAGUGGAGUCGCAACAGUUCAAGGAAGGAAUUAUCGUACAAGAGUUGCAUAGAGGUUUUUUCCUUGGAGACCGGUUGUUAAGACCUGCCGUGGUCAAGGUCUCUUCCGGACCUGGCAAAAAGAAACCUUCAGUGCAGCAGGCUAGAGUUUCAGUUGCUGGAAUGGAAUAGAAAACUGAUUUUACACCCAUGGAUGCACACACACACACACACACACAUAUAUAUAUAUGUAUAAUGACUAUUAUUCCCUGGAGCACAAGUUUCCGGAGUGGCAAAUUUUCCUUGGCAUUGCGGGUUUAAACAUACAUGUAUUCUCCAAAAGUUGUUUUAUGUCGUCUCAUGUAAUGUAAGAGUUGGGGAGGACACUGACCCACUUGCUCACUCACUCAUUCACUGUAAGGAGAUUUGAGAGGUUGAGGAGUGAGAGGAUUCCUGUAUCCGGAAAAGUAGACCAGACCAGUCCAGUCUAGUCUUCAACAACAUGAGGAAAAGUUGAGUUGUGUGUAAUUGCCCUGUCCUGCCGGUGCCCAUCCUCCUCCAUCAUCCUCUACUCGAUCUUUCUUGAAAUUCAAUAUACAGAGAGAGAGAGAGAGAGAGGUGAAGAGAUGAGAUGUAAACUUACUAGUUAGUUAGACUUUUGAGUAUCCACGAUUCAGGAACAAAGGCAAAAUCAGUUUUUGCAAUCAUUCAUUCAUGCCUAGCUCUACCAAAACAAGUCUAAGCAAAUGACAUAGUAGUAGUAUUUCUUUAUAUUAUUGCA